UAACAACUGGAAGGAGAAGCCAGUCCUCUCCACCGAGCUCUCUUUGCAAGAAAUCAGGAAGGAAGAUGGCUGAACCCAGAUUAGAGGCGGAGCAAUCUGUGGAUCUUCAGACCAUGCACCCACCCGGGGUUACUGUCACCCUUCAGAAUAUAGUAUCAACAAGCAACUUAUGUUGUAAAUUGGAUCUGAAAGUUAUAGCUCAACAAGCUCGCAAUGCAGAGUAUAAUCCCAAGAGGUUUGCUGCAGUUAUCAUGAGGAUAAAGGAACCAAGAACAACUGCGCUUAUAUUUGCUUCUGGCAAAACGGUGUGCACUGGAGCUAAGAGCCAAGAACAAUCACUAUUAGCAUCAAGAAAGUAUGCUCGUAUUAUUCAGAAGCUUGGAUUUGAUGUGAGUUUCAAGGAGUUCAAGGUUCAGAAUAUCGUCGGCACAUGUGACGUUCAGUUCCCGAUUAGACUUGAAGGCCUUGCUUGUUCCCACAAUCAUUUCUGCAGUUAUGAACCAGAAAUCUUUCCAGGCCUCAUUUACAGAAUGAGGGAACCAAAGACUGUGCUUCUUAUCUUCGUUUCGGGCAAAGUUAUACUGACAGGAAGCAAGUCAAAAGCAGACAUUUUAAGAGCAUUUCAGCAGAUAUAUCCAGUCCUGUCAGAAUUCAGGAAGGUUCCAUUACCGCCAUCAACACAACCAUAUACUUCUUAAAAUGGCAAAGAUGGUUCUUUGAAAAUGAAAACAUUAUUCUUGAGAGCCAUGAAUGAAGUUCAGCAUCCUGAUCUAGGUUUCAGAAAUUGAUGGAGUUCAUCAGUCACUAAUCAUUUUUGUUAGAAUAAUUUUAGAUCCUUUAAUCCAAUGAUUCAUUCUUC